UCCAGGUUAUAAAAAUUUUAUCGUUCUGGCCUCGAAACUUUUUCAGUCACGUCGAAUCAAAAUCAAACUUUUCGUUAAAAAAUUACACACAAGUUUACCCAAAAAGUCGUUUACACCAUUCGUCAAAACAACGACAAACAUGUCGUACGCUCUCUGCUACGCCAGUCCGUGCACGAUUCUGUGCGACGCGUGCGAGCCACCUAGACCGAAAAAAUGUCCGACUCCGUGUCCACCGCCCAAGGAAAAGUGUCCCAUAUCAUCGCCCAAGGACAUAAUCAUCCACCAGAAGGUGAAGUACGGGCCGGACUUCGUUCCCUGCUGCAUGAGGAAGUACGCGCUGCCUUGCAGCAAUCACGAAGACUGUCUGGUCUAAGAGAAAAGGAAAGAGUGUGCGUGCGACGAGGAAAAAUCGUAAAAACU